UAUUAGUAGCGCCUGGCCAAGCCGUGCCUGCCCACUUUGACUGAGCUCGGUCUUGACCAUCGCAUCCUCACUUGUCACUUGUCUUGACGCCUCUGCGCAAUACUGAACGUUCCAUACGCAUAACAGUCUGACACGUUGAAGUCCUAACCGCUGAGCUCCAUCGGAGACUUCUUUCACGCUGCUGCCACUUUGCAUUGCGCUGAGUGUGGGCUCCAACGAUGGGUCGACACCAACCGACGCGUCGGCGGUCGGCCGCAGCAUCCUCGCUGCUGCUUGCGUUAGCGGGCGUUGCGGUACUGAGCCUGUGUCCCGCGUCUGAGGCAGCUCGCCUUCGCGGCAUGUCUAGCGUGCUGGGCGGCGGCGGUGCCCGCGGUUACUCACGCGACGUCGCCACCGCAGUGCUGUCUGGCCCGGGCGACGUCGCGGCCGCACACGACAAGGCCGGCCCCGCCAGUGGUGGCGCCGAGCAGCAUGCGGGGUCACGCCGCCGCCUCCGCGGCCUCUCCAGUGGCCUCACCGGCAUCCUCGACCUCAACGUCACACUGCCGUCCAUCUGGAACCUGACGCUCACCCUCCGGCCUGCGUCGCCGCCGCCUCCCUGCGUCCAGUGGCACAAGGAGUUCCCGGAGCCCUGCCCGUCACCCCCGCCUCCCAGCCCCGCGCCCUCACCCCCGCCCGGCCCACCCAAGCCCCCAAAGCCUUCCCCGCCUCCUCCUUCCCCGCCCCCCAACCCCCGCCCUCCCAGCCCCCGCCCUCCCAGCCCUCGCCCUCCCAGCCCUCGCCCUCCCAGCCCCCGCCCUCCUCUGCCGCCCAGCCCGCGCCCUCCCAGCCCCCGCCCUCCUCUGCCGCCCAGCCCGCGCCCUCCCAGCCCCCGCCCUCCCCACCCGCCGUCGCCGCCUCUCCCGUGCGAGAUCUGGCAUAAGGAGUUCCUGUUGCCCUGCCCCUCGCCGCCUCCCCUCCCUCGCCCUCCGACCCUCCGCAUCAACCCCGGCCUGCUGUUCCCCUAGUUGAAGGGAGGAGGCCGUACGCCACCGUCGCUGUCCCUGCAGCGGCGGCUGUCUACGAAUCCGUGGUCUGAGCAGCAUGGGCACUUUCAGGCUUGAAACUCUCAAUGGGCGGCCCGGCAGCGCUAUCUCGUUCAGGCCGGUUGCAGCUGUGCUACGGUCCUUCACUCACAUGCCCAGGUCCGGAACUGGAAGGCAGUUGGUAUGGCCAUAACCAGAAUCAGGUUUGCAGGCUGCUACGCGCGAGGAUUUU